AUAAUCGAUAGUUUCCUUCCGCUUGAUGGCAUAGUGGACUUUAGUACUGCAUGUUUAUUGCAUUUUUAAUUAUAUUUUUUGGGAGCCAAUCGCAACUGGUGUUUUAUUGUGGAUGACGGUUACGGUAAAUGCUUUAAACUUACAGAAGAUACGCAUCUGUCUUCCUGAAUACAUUUGUUUAAUGUCGAUACUUACCAGUGUGAUACACUACAUCAGUGGAACUACGAUCGGGACAGACACUUAACUAAACAUUGACCUAUAUCAACAUAUCAGAAUAUUCUGAUGAUAAAAUGGCCCGGAUUUAUAGAGAGUCAUGCUUGACAAUGUCAACAGUCAUUACAGUAACACUGUUGAUUGCUGUUGGUCCCACCCCCGGGAUAGGAGAAACGUCAGUCCCGGUAAAAAUGACAUACAGUACCAUCUACCGUAUCAGAUCGAGGUCGCUCCUCCCCUCGGGACUCUUCUUCAUCGUUCACGGUGUAUCUGAUAUCCAGUGUUACGCUAGAUGUCUACUUUCCACGAGAUGUUUGUCGGUCAACUACAAAAGGGCCAAUCAAAUGUGUGAGAUGUCCACUAUGACCGUGGCCACAGCUUCCUCUGCCACGUCCAUCGAUCUGAUUAACAACGACGAGUACCACUUCAUGGACAAAAUGGACUUCCCCGCUGGACUGGGUGGACAAUGUGCUGACAGUUCAGAUCUGGAAGAAAACUGUAGAAUCCCCGCUCCCAGCUGUUCUCUUGACGACAAAUUUGCUCAAAUAAUUGAGGAGAAAGGAGAUGAGCUUCUCGCCCACAGUUCGUGUCCUGACGAAAGGACGGAGUUAUGUGACACCAACACCAAUACCUGGCGUCCCCAUACACGAAACUGUCCAGGGCUUCAGACAAAUCGGGAAGAUCCGUCUCCUGUACCUGUCACGGGGGUCGAAACCUUCGUGGAACGUCCUUAUGAUGGAAUUGAGUCUACAGUACGCUCAUACAAAGGAGAGAGAUGUCAUGCUCAACACAAAUGCAGAAACCUGGCGGGAUUCAAUCCUAUGAGCUACUGUCCUGUAUCAAGGUUUGACUGUCAAUCCAACUGGACUGUCGCUACUUUGUCGUGUUCAGAAUAUGACUGCUUCGACACUGCCAACGUCAGGUACAUGGGUCGGGUAUCAUGCACAGUUGGAGGUACAGUAUGCCAGCGCUGGGACACCAACACCCCUCACACCAUAGGUGCUGUUGUUGCUGCUAGUAUCGCGAGCAUGACUACCAGUAAUAACUGGUGUAUGCCGAUUAGAUACCAUCGUCCCUGGUGCUAUACCACUGACCCUAACAUCAGGUGGGACGUCUGCCCCGUGGAUGACUGUCAAUGAACGCCCUUUGAUGAUGGAAGCUGUUUGUGAAUCGUUUACGGGUGGAGGUGUAAAUCUGCUACAACAGAUAUAUAAUAUGUUGAUUGGACUGUGGACAUUUUGUGUUAUCAAUCAUCAGACCUGUGUUUAAUUAGAUACAUUAGACUGAAACUUUUUAAAAGCAAUCAUGCAUUUUUUAUGUACAAAAUUGGACACCUUCCGUCAUUUUGUCGCUCUAUGAAAACCUUUAUUUUUAUAGUUUUUUCUUCACACAUUGUCCUCUCUGGUUUUCUGUUUAAUAUUCUUAAUAUUCUGUGAUAUAGAAUGGUUUCAUGGUAACUGAUUUUUUCUAAUUCAUAUCAUUUGAUUUGUAAUUAUUAUUCAUGCUUGUGUCUUGAUAAAGAAGCAGAUUGCCUCGAAAACUUGACAAAAUUGCUUUUACUAUUUUGCGUGUAUAUUUUUUUAAAGUAAUUAUCACCCGCCAAUCAUGUGUUAGUUCGGAUCCUGUGCCCACAUUGGACUCUCGUUAUAACUUAUGACAACUAUCAAUAGUGAACCAGUAAACUGGAUAUUUCAGUCAUGUACCAAUGGACCAAUUUUAGCGACAAAUACAUCUAUUAGCAAGUUUUAUAGCCCUUUGUCUACUAGAAACACUAGUUUUUGGCUAAAAAUGGGCUAUGUGGUUUAUGUGGAACGCCAAAUUAACAUAUAAUCAAAUAAUUGAACCUAUAUUCAAAUAAUUGUAGAAAUGUACAAUUCAAUUGAAGAUAGAGGCAAUUCAAUUGAAGAUACGUUCAAUUUAAUUGAAGAUAAGUACAAUUUAAUUAAAGAUAGGUUCAAAUACGACGAAUUACACCUGUCUUCAACUGAAAUGAACAUAUCUUCAAUUAUUUGAAUAUAUGUUAAUUUGGCGUUCCGUAGGUUUACCUUGUGUAAAGUACACAUGGAGAGGUGGUUAACGUUGUAUAAAGUGCUAACUACUGUACAAAUCACCAUGUGUUUACCUACACAGAUAUCGGCCUUGUCAAUACUGUAAAGGAACAUUAUUCAGUACAAAAAUGUAUUGCGUAUAGGAAAGGAGCUUCCUGUGUUCGGAAAUCUCAAAUUGAAUUGAGGAAAAAGGAAUAGCCUUCUUGAUUUCAGCAAUCUCUUUACAUUUUAUUAAAUAUAUACCGGGUGUCUAUUUUGAUGUAUUAUCUGACAGUGCUCAGCCGAAAUUAUCUUAACAGUUACACACUAGAAUGUUUCAGUAUUUUUUUGCAUGUUUGAUUAAGUUACUGCAGUGCAAAUAAAAACACAGAUAUGCGUAUAAUUCCCUUUUAUUUCUCAAACUCUUCUCUUUCUGUUCUUCUAUCCUAUAUUUCCGUUCUCCUUUCCUCUCUUUCUGUUAUAUUAUAUAAAAUACAUGUACGCUACUUAAAUUUAUGUAAACAUUUUAAGAAUGAAAGUGUGUGUAAGUGAGUAUGUGAUCAGACUAUAUUGUUUGUACUUGUGUAUUGUACACUGUACAAUGUAUUCAUAAAAAUAAAAUAC